AUGCUGCUGUUCCUCCCCAACCUCACUGUCUUCUGCCGCAGCUGGCCAUUCUACGUUUCAAAGGCACAGCAGCAGCAGCAGCAGCUGCUGCUGCUGCAGGUGCAGCAGCAGCAGCAGCUGUUGCUGCAGCUGCUGGUGCAGCAGCAGGUGCUGGCCAUCAUGCUGUUGCUGCCCAACGUGACGCUGUUUACCCGCAGCAUUCCACGGAUCCAGGGCGUAGUUGCAGCAGCAGCAACAGCUGCUGCUGCUGCUGCUACUGCUGCUGCAGAUACAAGAGUAGGGGUAAUGGCAGCAGCAACAAAGGAAGGAGCAAAAGCAGCAGCAGCAAAAGCAAGUGCAGCAGCAGCGGCAGAAGCAGCAAACCAGUAG